CUUCAUAUGUACUGUAAAACAAUGUGCCCAGUACAGGCAUGAAACAAAGCUAAAGCGGGACGGAGAGGAAGAUGUUGUGAAGGACGAGCGCUGGUUGUUUUGUCGAAGUCCGCGGCGCUAUUUUUUUUGGGACCCCGUCGACAAGAACCCUGGCAGCAGCACACAGCAGGUCAGCCAGGACGCUAACAUGGCCACGGACGCAUCAGCGCAACCCUGCCAGAUGGACCGCAGCAGCAGCUUCUUUAGGCUUAUAGACUCUUUCACCACUGAGCUUUCUGAGCUGAAGCAGGAGAUGGUUCAAACAACGAGAGAGCCAAACACCAAGGUCCUACAAGGUCUUGAACAGGAGAUAAGUGGUCUGUUCCUGCAGUCGUCUGUCUGUGCUGGUGCAGCUGGGGUCCGUGACUCUGGCUAUGAAUCUUUGCGACGACGUAUGAGUGUGCUGGAUAGACUGACACAUACACACCCAAUCUGGCUACUGCUGACACUCAGCGAUGAAGAAGCCCAAAGCAUCCUGCAGCCACAGCCACCAGGGACCUUCCUGGUAAGAAAGUCAGUUAACUUGCAGAAGAAGGUGAUUUCUUUGCGCAUGGAUGACACUGAUCCAAUAACCAUGAGGGACUUCCCAGUCAUAGAGAGCCAGUACACAUUUUCACUGGAGGGCUCAGGGAUCAGCUUCUCGGACCUCUUUCGGCUGGUGGCUUUCUGCUGCAUAAGCAGGGAUGUUCUUCCUUUCACAUUAAAGCUUCCUGAGGCGAUCUCUACUGCAAAGAGUACCUUUGAUUUAGAAGAGUUGGCCAAGCUGGGAACAAAAUUCUGGCUCUCUGAGUUGUGUCGGAAGAGAAAGAGCUGCCUGUCUGAUGGCUCUGCUACCCAGCCAGAAGUGAAGCAGGAGGACCAGAAAACAUCCCUCAUAGAUGAUCCGCCACCAGUCCCGCGCACUCGAACCCCAUCCGAGCUAGAGUGCUGUACAUCUAACGGUGCGCUGGGCUUCAUUAAUCCUCUUUUUGUACAGACCCAUCGCUCAGAGUCAGCUCCUACAGAAACUGACACAUCAGCAACAUCUGGAGAAACGAACAGCUCCGAAACUCAGGGCAACACACGCACAAGUAUUCAGAGCGUCCUUCGCCGUGCUGUUAGCGCAGAAAACACCAGGAACAACAACCUUAUAAGACAAAACAGUGUUUCACGUUCACCUCCACCCCGACCCCCUCCACCACGCAUCAUUUCACGCAAACAACCCCUCAACAUUAAGCAGAAAAGCAUGCCUGAGACCGGUGUCAGCUGGAUUAAAAUGUCACCAGAGAGGAGCAGCCUGCUGGGACGCCUGGGUUCCUCGUUUGGCUCCUUGUCACCUUCGUCCUCACCCCCCAAAAAGAUAAGCUCUCCCAUUCCUAUGCUAUCUUCCCAUGAAAAUAGAACCAGCAUUUGUAAUGUAGAGAGCCACUUGGCAAUGGAUGACCAUUUCAUCGAGGAGGCUGUGUCUCGCAGCCUGGCCAGACAGUCUCAGAGAAAUGCUGCCCCGGAGAACCGACAUUCAACAGAGGAAGGCAGUCCUGCGGGUCAAGAAAGGCUCAGUGAUAUUAGCAUCUCCACCUCCUCUUCUGACUCUCUGGACUACUCACACAGCUUCACAAUGCCAGUUACUCUCAGUCCCACCAGAGCUGACAGCAGCCUGGAGGAAGAGGAAGAAGAAGCGGAAGAUGACGGUGUUGGUGUGGAAAGCGAUCAGGAGCUGGGUAUGGAGCCGCCUUUUAAGCCCAAGAAGCGGCACAGCGCUGGAACGUUUGUGCUGCCUCGGUCAAUUAGGGGACACUUGCGCAAGGUCAGUAGUGUUUUUAACUCACUCAUGACACCUGAGAAGAGAGCACUCAAGAGGAUUAUGGAGCAGGCGCAAAACAAAAACACCUACUUCGGCUGCCUGGUACAGGACUACAUCAGCUUUAUGCAGGAGAACUGCAACUGCCAUACAUCAGGCCUCGAGCUGCUUCAGACACUACGACAGUUUAUGACUCAAAUAAAGUCCUACCUGCUCCAGAGCUCAGAACUAGACCCUCCCAUCGAGUCCCUUAUCCCAGAGGACCAGAUUGACCGAGUACUGGAGAAAGCCAUGCACAAGUGUAUCCUGAAACCUUUGAAGUCUGUGGUGGAGACAGCUUUGCACGACUUCCAGGUGAAGAGUGGAAUCCUGCAGCAGCUGAAAGAGAACCUGGCUCUGGCCAAAACAAAGCGACCACAAGAAAUGGGUGUGGACGAAGCCAUACCACCAGACUCUGUGUCCAUAGAGAAGAUCCGUCACAAGUUCCACAAUAUGAGCAAAAUGUACUCACCGGAGAAGAAAGUGUCACUCCUGCUUCGUGUCUGCAAGCUCAUCUACACCAUCAUGGAAAAUAAUUCAGGAAGAAAAUAUGGGGCAGAUGAUUUCUUGCCUAUGUUGACAUAUGUGUUGGCUCAAUGUAACAUGCCUCAGCUGGACACAGAGAUUGAGUACAUGAUGGAGUUACUGGAUCCCUCACUUCUGCAUGGAGAAGGUGGCUACUACUUGACCAGUGCUUAUGGAGCCAUGUCCCUCAUUAAAAACUUUCAGGAAGAGCAGGCUGCACGGGUGCUGAGCUCAGAAACCCGUAAUACACUGCACCAGUGGCACCGCAGACGCACAGCUCAGCGCACCACACCAUCCGUGGAUGACUUCCAGAACUACCUAAGAGUGGCGCUUCAGGAACCAGACAGCGGCUGCACGGCUAAAACGCUGCAGGUUCGGCCAUACGCCACCACAGAGGAGGUGUGCCAGAUAUGUGCUGAAAAGUUCAAAGUGCCUGACCCAGAAAACCACGCUCUGUUCCUGCUGACCGAGGAGAGCAAACAGCAGCUAGCCCCUGAUACACACCCACAGAAAAUCAAAGCCGAGCUGCACAGUCGCCCUCAGCUGCAGCCUUUUUACUUCGUCUACCGGCAGAUCCAGAACCUCAACCAAACAGCUUCUACAGAUGAACUAAAUGGCAACUCUGUGUCUUAACUGAGCCUGAAGACUAUGAACUCACGGGACCAGCUUCCUCUUUAGUACUUCAUCUUGUUAUACAACACUCACAGUUAAUAUUUGUGUCCAAAGGAAACUGACAACAAGGCUGGGCUUUGAGGAAAUAAGGAAGGAAGGAUGUGUCUGACAGAUGGAGCAUAUUUAGAUGUUCUUUGUCUUGGUAUUUUUCAUCUUUUGGGAAGUGAAAUGUGAGUCACUUGUGUAGAAGGCACAUUUAUGUCCUAUACGCUACAAUAGAGUUGCUAAUCUUAGAAUCUGCUGGAAAGGUUCAGUAUUAAUGUGCAUUAUUGUGGUGGCAUAAUAGUGUAUUAUUUAAUUGUUUAUUUUAUAUGUAGAGAAAUUCCACUCUGCAUGAAACGUCUUUUUAAAUGCAGUUGCCUUUUAAGUAGACUAAGGAAGUAAUGCGAUACUGGAUAUGAUUAAAAUGGUCUGUCAAAGGUGGUUAUCUUCAGAAAGCAGCCUACUACAAUAUAAGUUCAUGUCCAGUAAUAUGAGCAACUCAGUUUGCAGGGGUGCAGUAUCAGAAUCCAAACAUCAUUUUUUAUCUGGUAAAAUGUAAGUAAUAACAUUGUUUUUGUAUGCAGUUGCUGGUCAAUUGCUUUAUUUUUUAAUAUAUAAUAUUGUCCAUACAAUAUUUGUUUGUGUGUUUGUUUGCUUAAUAAGCAGAUAAACGAAGAACCAGGCAUUGUUGCCAGUAAUAUUUUAUCAUAUGCAGUUUUGUACAAAUGAAAUCAGUCAGCGAUGGUGGUCAAUCUUUAGACUAUCAGGUCAUUUAUGUUUUUGUAAUAUAAUACAUUUACAAAUCGACGUAGAAUUAGGGAUCAUUUUCAUUAUAACAUGAUACUUGUUAUUGAUUAUUGAUAGGACAAUUUGUGUCCUGUAUCCACAUGCAAAAUAUGUGUUGUCUGGUAACAUAAAACAGCCAUACAAUAAACCAUCAAUAAAUAGAAUGAAUAGAAUUUAAAAUGUUAAAUUUUAUCUAAAACCACCUGGCCAGUAUUAGCUAAUUAGAAUGAAAUUCCUAGUAUGUGUGCAUUCCUAGAUACAAGUCCUGAAUCCAUGUUGUAAAAAUACUGUACUACUGACAAGCAACAGACUUCUGUGUGUAUUUUUCUAAAUUGCAUCUUGGUUGUUUGUGGUCAUUGCUGACAAGUUAGCAAAAGUGUGCAAUGGGGUACAGGAAGGUUGACUGAAAAAAGCAGGUUGCAGAUGUGAAAAAGCAGUUACACAGCAGUCAUGAAUUGAGAUUUUUGCAACAACAAAAAAAGAGAUUAUAUUAGUUAUUAAGUUGUGGUUUCCCACAUUACUUUCACCAUAAAAGCUUGACAUUUGAUUAUUAAUUACCCCCAGGUUACCCAUAAUCACCUGUGGUGGACACCUAUGGUUGAAACUAUUGUGACCCUAGAGCAGCCGUCCCCAAUCUUUUGCACCACGGACCACUUUCAUAUAUAAUUUCACGAACCGGCGGGGGCGGAGGGAUUUAAUUAUACGGCUCACAAAUGAUGGAAAAUGAGCUUUUUUCGCUGCAAUGAGACGCUGCUCCCAUCUAGGGAUGAUAAGAGACAAUAACACCAGAAAUGUUUUGAAAAUGGAAGCAGUGAAAAUUGCUUUUCUAGUGACCUCUAAUUAUUUAUUCUUUCUGUGCAGCCUGGUAAUAAAUGACCCACGGACCGGUACUGGUCCGCAGCCCGGUGGUUGGGGACCACUGCCCUAGAGGGAGUAUUUGACUAGCCCCGAUAGCCAAUUACACUGUGGCGGCACCAAAAACAUGCAUACCGAUAGACUUUAUUAAAAUUAGCAGAAUGUGUUUGGUCUAAUAUGUCAGCUCUAUUAUGGUUUGGUUUUGUGGAGUCAGAAAAACCAUUAAAAAUCAGAAUAUAGUUAUAGGUCACAUGCCAUCUUUAGUCACUUAGGAUUUCUCAGAUUCAUUUAGCAGAAAAAAAACAAGACCUAACAUGUAAAGCAAUGAAUAGGACAAGUAUUGCUGUGGUGUGACUGCUUAUUUAAGACAUAAACAAUGAAGAGUGUGAGAAAGAUGAGAUUGAUAAAAUGAAAAUAAUAAAAUUGAAUUUGUUAGUUGAAUAUUUUAAGUAGUAGGGGUAAAUUACUUUAACCUAUUACCACUGUAGUCCAGAGUUUGAAUCCCCAGUGGUGCUACUGGCUGGUCAGCGUCAAUAUACAGACAUGAUUGGCUUUGACUGGGGGGUUUGACUGAGGCCCCUUCAUAGAUUGGUUCCCGGUCUGGUGCACCCAGUGAUACGGAGAAAGCUAGACCCACCGUGUCCCUGACCAGGAUACCAAGGGGUGGUAAAACAUAAAAAUAAAAUCUCAAGUAUUUAUGUUUAUGAUUUACUGACAUUUAGGAUCAUUAAGGUUGUCUAUAAUUCUCUUCAUUAAGACAAAUACUGAGAUUAACCAAGUGCAUUUCUUCAUGUUAUUGUUGUGGGAAAACAGGAAGUGUAAAAAAUGGUGAUGCAAUAACGUAGCUCCUAUAGCAUUGAUAAAAACACUUGUCAAGUCAGUCUGGAAACACAUGUGCUGUUAGUGCAAAUGUAAUUUUAACACGAUAUUUUGAGUAUAUAGUUAUAUUCAGUCUGUGCAGGGAUUAUCACAGAUAUUCUGGAAAUAACUGUAUUAAGGAUGUCCUAACAGAAAUGUGUUAGUGGAUUCUUUUGCAAACUCUCCACAGUAAGCACUCCAGUAAGAAUAUGUUUUGUAUGUGACAGUUAUUCUUUAACAACACUCUUUUGCACAUAAUAAAAUAAAAAUAUAUGAAUUUAAAA